UACUGUAUUCACUUCGACGGGAAUCUACUGUCAGAAUAAGUUGCAGUACAAAUCACGUGAAUUUACAGUAAAAUGCUCUCUGUGGCUGCCAGUACUUUACUAUAAAUUUACAGGAUCAUUUAUUAGCGCGUAACAGAAGAGAGGGUUACACAUGGUUCAAGUUUAUUUUACCAAGAAUGUCAUAUAUGUUCAUAAAAACAACAUAUAGAAGGGGAAUUAAUUAUUUCAUAGCCACUGGGAGAAAAGCUGAUUUGUCUUUGAUUAUCCAAUUCAGCUCAAGACAUCAAAACAAAGGUAGUCUGCUUCUGAAGUAAGUAACGGGGACUUCCCUAUUUUCUCACGUAGGCCUAUAUAAGAGGAACACUACAUUUCAAGUUAGUAUGUUAUAACAGGUUGUUGUGGUAGAGUUGUAAAAUAAUGUUGUAAAAUCAGUACAUCAACUUAAAAGAACGCACUGUUCUAAAAGAAACCAGACAUUACUUUUUUAAAAAAAAACCAACUAAUUCGGACAGAGUCAGCAUCCUGACUGAAGCCACAUCCUCCUCUUAGUGAACACAUGGCACGCCACACUGUACGAUACCCAGACUGUCUCUUCUCCAGACGUGGAUCGAUGACUGACAAGUUCUUGAAGCCACGUGGAAGAGUGUAGCGUCAUCGGGCUUUUUCUUCAGUCUCCUUCGGGGUUUUAUCUAUAAGGGAGGGGAUAUAGCAUCACUCAAAACCCUCGCAAAAGUGAAAGAGGUGGAGAACGAGAGACAGAGCGCGAGAGAGAAAAAAAGAGAGAGAGCGAGAGAGACAGACAGACAGACAUACGGAGAGAGAUCCACUACAGGAUAUUUUGACACUAUGGUUAGUGGCAGCAGAUAUCAAUCUUGAUUUCUGAAUGUCAGGCUGUUUCCACACCAGCGAGUGAGAUCUGCUGCGCUGUUGGGCAACUAAUUGAAGCUGAACAACGUCGGACAAACAUCCAGUGGCUCGAUGUGAGUUCAGUGCUCCUGGACAGCAGAAGUUUCCAUCUGUGAGUAACCGGUUCCUGUAGCUUGCAGAUGGGUUCUGCAUCUGCACCUGCAAGCAUGGCCGUCGUAACCAACAGCACAUGUGACACCCUGUAUGACCACAGGAAAUACGCCCGGGUCCUCAUACCUAUUUUCUACUGUGUUGUUUUCACUGUUGGGUUGCUUGGCAACGCCCUUGCCCUCCACGUUAUCCGGAUAAACCUGAAGAAAAUGAACUCCACCACAUUGUACUCGCUCAACCUAGUCAUCUCUGACAUCCUCUUCACUCUCUCUUUGCCUCUGAGGAUCGUAUACUAUGCUCAGGGUUUCCACUGGUCUCUAGGUGAGGCGCUCUGUAAGAUAACAGGCUUUUUGUUCUACAUCAACACCUACGCAGGGGUCAAUUUCAUGACUUGCCUCAGUGUGGACCGCUUCAUCGCCGUGGUCUUGCCUCUUCGCUUCGCCAAAUUCAGGAAAGUCAGUAACGUCCGCUACAUCUGUAUUGGCGUGUGGAUGUUGGUUCUGGCGCAGACCCUCCCCCUACUAGGAAUGGACAUGACAAACAGGGAGCCACAAAACUUCACCACCUGCAUGGAAUACCCCAACUUUGAAAAGGUGGAUUAUAUUGAAACCAUCCUGAUUGGUGCAGUCAUUUUGGGCUUUUUCAUCCCUGUGGUCACCAUACUGGUCUGCUACUCCAUCCUAAGCUCCAAGCUGCAUCUCACAGCCAAGAACAACCACCUGACAGAAAAAUACGGCCGCAGUCGCAAGGCCAUCGGCGUGAUCUGCUGCGUGUCUGUGGUGUUCGUUGUCUGCUACAGCCCCUACCACAUUGACAUCUUUCAGUACAUGAUUCGCAAGCUGGUAUCCAACCCCGAUUGUGCGGACCUCACGGCCUUUCAAGUGUCGCUGCACAUCACGGUCUGUCUGAUGAACUUCAACUCCUGCUUGGAUCCGUUCAUUUACUUCUUCGCCUGCAAGGGAUACAAAAGAAAACUUCUGAAGCUGCUGAAGAGGCAGGUCAGCAUUUCCUUUUCCAGUGCAGUCAGGACGUCGCCCGAAGGUUCCUCAAAGGACUUCAUCGACGGGCACAAGAUGCAACACAACAGCGAGAGGCUCUUGGAAAGGAAAUCGCAUGAGAAUGACCAAAGUGGGGAACCGAGGCAAAAUGACAGCACAUACAGAAUCUCUUUCCACAUGAACAGUACCUAAAAUAUACCCCUGAUGGACAACGGGAGGCUUUUGAACCAAUGUGAGACACAUUCUUUAGUACAUUUUUCAAGAACAAUUACUGCCUGUUAAUUUAAAACAGAAUAUAGUGAGUAUGAAAUAUACUGUAUCUAUACUGUGUUUUCCUAUGAAAUUAGGGAUUAAUUUGACAAUA